UGUCAUAAAAUAUUAAAAUUUAACGAAUGUGAUUAUUAGUCCCAGCUACUUAUUCUCUUAGUGUAAAUAUCAGAUCUUAGUGUGAGAGGAUUUAUCUAAAUAAUUUGUUUAUUAUGUAGUCAUUUAGAGACCUUUCGAUUCUUUACAGUAGGUUAUUGAAUUUUUGUAAUCAACACAUUAUCCGAUGGGGUUACUCCAAAGCAUUUACUAAUUCGAGGUCUUUUCUUUGAUUCACAGAGGACAAUUGAUUGAAGAUGUAGACGAGUCAGCUUUGAAGUGGAUGAGAGAAGCCGUUGAGAAGAGUCAUAGACAAUGCAGCAUUGCAUUUAAUCAAGAAAACUUCCACUAUACUACCAGAUCUUAUUACCAGUUGAGGUUACCUUUGUUAUUCCAAAAGGGAAAUCUUCUCAAUAGAAAUUGAGAGAAACCAUCAACUUUGGUUAGUUACGAAGGAUGAAAAUGGUGGUUGGGCUCUGAAGGAAUUCAAAACGCAAAAGAGAAGGAAAUUAUGACUUAGGUUGAUAGAAAGGCUUCAGAGCAAUCUAAACAUCUCUUCAAAAGGUCAGACUGAUAAAAAUCCUAGAAUCUAAAAAAUGAAGAACAGCAAAGACCCAUAAAACACCAAGGUCUAAUGAGAGGGAGGUUGCUAGAUUUCACAGCCACAAUUGAUCCUUAUUAGUGAUUCUUCUAUUAAUAUCAACAGUCAAUUAU